AAGACAUAGUCAAGAGACUGGGAAGUGAAGAAGAGGAAGAAGAAAGACGAGUAGGAAACAAACGCGGCCCUAAAAUUUUUUGGCCUGCAUUGUCGAUGAACUCGGAGAUCUCCUAUGGAUUCGCUUAAUCCUCCAAUCCUUCGGGUUCUCUCCCGCCCACCUGUUCCUAUCCCUGUCCCGAACCCAAUCUCCGGGCUUUCCCGUGCACCGCCUCCUCAGCCCCUUCCUCCCAUCUCGCCUGGACCUCAGCCGCCGCCGGUGCCGACUCGGCAGCCUGACUCUCGCUUUCCCUCUGGUGUAGUAGUAGUUGGUUUUGUCUCCCGUAUCCCUCACCUUUCCUCCCAGCUCAUCAAUCGGAUCCUUGACGCCAACGCCUUCGGUUCCGGCAACUUGGCGAAGGUUUUGUUUGAAGAAGAAUCGAGGGAAUGGUUCAAUCGGAGGAGAAUUAGUUACUACCAUGAUGAAGAGCGUGGAAUCCUCUUCUUGCAGUUUUGCUCCACCCGAUGCCCUGUUGUCCAUGGAUUGGCGGAUGCCGGACCGGGUUUCGACACUUGUCUGGAUGAGGGGGAGUUGGAAGAUCUCCAGGGUUUGCUCUUCAUGUUCUCUGUGUGUCAUGCAAUUGUUUACAUUCUGGAGGGUUCACGGGUUGAUACUCAUAUCUUGAGUAAGUUCAGGGUGUUGCAAGCAGCCAAGCAUGCAUUGGUUCCGUAUUUCAAAUCGAAAAGUUCCCAGCCAUUUCCAUCCAGGCCUCAUUCUGAUUCUAGUUCUUCCAGGCCACCUUCCGCUGCUGCUUCUUCAUCGGGUAGAAGUAAGGGAAGCACGAGUCGGAAUGCUUCAUCUAUCUCUCUCAUGUCAGGUUUAGGAUCCUACAGCACGUUGUACCCUGGACAUUGCACUCCAGUGAUCCUCUUUGUUUUCGUUGAUGAUUUUCCAGAUGGGUUGAAUGUUAGCUCAAGUGUCGAGGAGACUACAGAGGCUUCCCAACUUAAUCAUUCCUCAAACUCGAGUACUAUACCUCGGUCUAGCUUACCAUCAAAAGGGUCUGGUUCAGUUGUUGUGCUAGCACGGCCUGCUAGUAAAUCUGAAGGAGGUGUUAGGAAGAAAGCACAGUCAUCUAUUGAAGCACAGAUUCGAUUUCUGAUAAAGAAGUGCAGGGUUCUUUCAGGUUCUGAAGUAGCCCAUGCUGGUGGCUCUAGAGGUGGAGGAGUUCCAAGCUCAUCACCUUUGUUUUCGUUUGAUGCAUCGAGGGCGGUUGUGCUGCUUGACAGGUGUACUAUCCGGGGAGGCGAAUCGCUGGAUUUUGCUACCAAAAUGGUGGAUGAUGUUUUGAAUGGGAAAGCAACAUCAGAUUCUCUCUUGGUUGAAAGUAAUGGUCAUCAGAGUGCAAACAAAGAGGAUAUUUCAUCCAUAAAGGAAUUUUUACAGAGGGUAUCUGAUAUUCUUAGAGGUAGAGGAGGAUUUACCAACAAUGGUUCAGGCACUGGCGUUGGCAUGGCUGCUGUUGCUGCUGCUGCCGCUGCAGCCUCUGCUGCUUCAGGGAAGUCGUUUUCUUCUGCUUCUGAACUUCCAACUGUUGAAGGAUGGUUAUCAUGCAGCCAACACUUGUUACAUGGGUUGCUCUCCGCUAAGCAUGGGAUUGUAGAUGACAUGGAAAUCAGCAAUAGAAAAACACAAGGGGUUGCUUCCAGAGGGGUAGAUCCAAUGGAUUUUUCAGCAUCUUUGCUAGAAAAUGCUACAGGAUUGAAUUCGAAAUUCUCAAAAUCUUGGUGUGAAAGAGCCCUUCCAACUGCCAAGGAUGUUUAUAUGAGAGGGCUCCCUCCUUGUUACCCAACUUCACUGCACGAAACCCAUCUGAAAAAAGCUCUGCAUGCUUUUAACUCAAUGGUUAGGGGCCCUGCUGUGGAGCUGUUUGCCAGAAGACUCGAAGAUGAGUGCACUGACAUAUGGAAAUCCGGCAGGCAACUCUGUGAUGCCGUUAGUUUGACUGGGAAACCAUGCAUGCACCGAAGACAUGAUUUUUCUAGCUCUAGUCAGCUACUGGAAGAACCAAAGACGCACUCUAGUGGAUAUUUUUUUCUCCAUGCUUGUGCUUGUGGUCGUUCACGUGGACUCCGACCCGAUCCCUUUAGUUUUGAAUCUGCAAAUGAUCCAAAUUGCUUUCCAGAUUGUGAAAAAGGGCUUCCUGUGGUGCAGUUACAGGCAAAUGAUAUGGGGCCUGUUCGUUCAUCCUCUUGGACUUUGAUUCGUAUUGGAGGAGGUAGGUACUAUGACCCUUCUAAGGGUAUUAUCCAGAGUGGGUUUUCUACCACACAGAAGUUUCUGUCGAAGUGGAUUGUAUUGCUUGAGAAACCGACCAAUCCAAAUGAUUUUUCUACUAGUGCUUUUCAUCUACAGUCUGUAUCAAGGCCAAUGGUUGAACCUCCAGUGGAGCUAAAUUCCGAGGUCGAUAAAAAGAAAAUUGAUGGUCAACAACUCUACUCUGCAGAAUCCCAGAGCAGGACUGAAAUGGAAAGGAAACAGUUGGAACAUGGAAGAUCUGACGAGAAAAUUAUUAGCUUUGGUAUGGGUCUUACGAAUCAUAAUAUGAGGAAGCCAUUUUCUGAGGUAGUGGCUGGAUCAUCGACUAGAGAUUCAGGGUUUCCUCCACUUCAGCAGAGGAGGCAUCCUUCAGCAGCAGGUUCAGAAAAAUCUAUCAAGCAAAAUAGGUCUAGAGUUCCAUCCAUAGUACAGAUUCAUGCAACUUUUGAGCAAGGAUCUCAGAAAGUUAAAGAGGUUUCAACAUCCUUGAAAGUUUCAAAUGGAUCCUCCUCUGUUGGUGGUCUUGACGGAGACCCCAUACUGAGAAUAGGAAGUAAUUUAGUCCCUGUGAAUGUCAAUAAUGGGGCGGUGAUUGAAUCAAAUCCUGUUGUGAAGCAUGCAGAAGUCUAUUUUGGUUUUGAGCAUGAAUGUCCCUAUGGACAUCGUUUUCUUUUGAAUGCAGAUCACCUCAAUGAACUAGGCUCUGCAUAUUCGUUGCAUAAGAAACAUGAUACGCCGCAUGUAGAAACUUCUAGUCAAAAUGUAACUGGCCAGCCGAGCUUGGGUAAGAAAGGUUCUCGUGGUAAACUUUAUCGAAGUUCUGGGAGCGUGACUGUUGCUUCUGCAGAUAAAGUGAGGAAUGCAGAGAGGUCAAAAGAGAUGAGGGCGUAUGGUUCUGGAAGUGGGCGAAGUAAUCAAAGGUUCAUAAGUGCUCCAGUAGACUCUAAUCUUGUGAAAGAACUUCGCACAGACCUUGAUUCUGUUAGCAUUGAUGACAGUGGAAGUGAGUUUUCAAUGUUGAAUAGAAAUAUUCCGCUGUUCAUGAACUGUCCAUACUGCCGGCACUCCAAGGGUAAAAAGGAUCCGAAGAUAAAAUUUGCUGGCACAGUAUCUCAACUACAGAGGAUCUUUCUGGUCACACCAACGUUUCCAAUCGUUUUAGCAGUAUGCCCUAUUAUCCAGUUUGAGGAAUCGUGUCUUCCACCAUCAGUUCCAGACCGUGAAAAAAAACUGCAGUUCACCCUUGGGAGUCAAGUAGUUUUACCACCAGAAAGUUUCAUCUCACUUCGACUCCCAUUUAUAUAUGGUGUCCAGCUGGAGGAUGGACGUCAGCAUCCUUUUGGCGCAUUUGAGCAUCAACCAGAGAUGACUGCCUGGAUCGUGAAGGGCACGGCAUUGCAUUUAAUCUCCAAGCAAAACAGUCUUCCCUCUGAAUCACAGACGUAGUGAAAUCCUGCCGAACUCUUUGAAAGGAGGCUAUUAUGUGAUCCAUGCCCUUGGGAGUUGUCGUGGAUUCUUGUGAUGCGUUCUCACUUUCAGUACGGUCAGAUUCUAUGCUUUUAUGAGUUCUCCUAAUUUGCUGCUUGUCUUGUUUUUUGAUACAUCUUCAAUGUGCGCUCUCUGGCUCUAGCACUUAAAUUAGUAUAUAUAAGGACAUUUCUCCCGAGUCUUUCCGAUCUCCUGGUUGGUGAUUACUCAAGUUCCCAAGUUUCCUUCAGUUCUUCCUGCAUCGCACCCAUUCUCUCUCUCAGUGAUUUGGGCAGCCAAGAGAACCAAUUAUGCGGCAAGGAGAACCAUGAUGGAGGAAAAGCCGCGAUCAAUGAUCCUCACUUCGAACUGCUCCAGGCCUUCUUCGAUCCCUUUCCCAAGCAACAUAAAGAUGGAAACAAAUUGCCCAUCCCAGGAACUGAACAUGGAUGCGGAUCUUAGUGUGGAGGGAAUUCAAAGAAUGGCAUCCAAAGUACUUUUCUACUUGGAAUGGUAGCCAAAAGAAAGGGGAGAAGUAGUGGCGUUUCUGACCAGCGUGAAGAUGAACAAAAGGAGAGCAGUAGCCUGUUUCACCACCUGAAAACCAGUCGAAAGAGGUUUCCAACUCUGAUGCAUUCGUAGUAGCGUGAACCCGCAGAGUUCCAAUUGAUGGUUCUGAGUUCUGACAGAAGAUAAUGCUGGUGACUCAUAUGUACAGUUAACUAUCGGAGGCUUUUCGGAUGCCUUUUUCUCCUCUUCAGUGUUGGUGUUGCCAGAGUUUGGUCCUCAAGCGAUAGCAUAUCCUUCGAUGCUUGGCAUGCAUUAAGUUUGCUAUACUGGUUAACCAAUGGGGGUUUCCAUCUCUCUCAAGACUGAGCUAUACUUCAAGCUGUCCACUACAGAGUCACCAAACAGAGUGAAAAGGGGGUGGUUAGUCUACAGAGGGGAGAUCAUAAGCUUUAGCAUGUACUUUGAUAGAUAUUUUCUGAGAGAAUUGUGUUCUUUGGAGAAGAUAACUAAUCGGAUAUCCUCUUUUAUGUUUAGUACUGAAAAGUGAAAACCAGUGCUCUGCUGAAUCUUUCUUGAUUUUUUUGGGGUCGUUCUAUCUAAGUGGUUCCUGCAUUCUAGGUGUUGAAUGUUAGAUUGUUCUUUUUUUUUUUUUUUUGUUGAAUGGAAAGUUUUGUGUGGAUAUUGUUUUGGCAUCCAACAAUGGGUGAGCUGAAACCGGGAGGCAGAGAAGUAGGCACUAGGCAAUUGCAGCUGUUGCUGAAGUAAAAAAUGUUUAUGUUAUAAACAUGGAUGAGGAUUGAGGAUUGGCUUCAUUAGCAAUUACAGAUGUAUAAAUUUAUAUACUUUCAUUUCUUUUCUACUUGAACUGCUUUUGCUGUUGGACUACCAGUACAGAAGCUUUGGUUUCGACAUCUUUUGAGGCCAAGAGGUCUCCAAUCACUCCUAGUUCUGGGAACUCACUCCAUUCAGCUAGUCCGGUCGUUUGAGGUGAAUCCACCCCAACUCGUCUCCCGACCACAAACAAAUCAUGAUUGCUGGAAAUCGCUCUAACCGCCAUUGCAGUUUGAGGUCCAUCUUCCACGACUUGUUCGAUGUACUUCACAUUUGUGUCCUCCUUGGAGACUAGAUGGUGAAUGGUGAGCUCCAGGCCCGAGUCUCUAGCCAUGCGGGUAGCCAAACACAGUGCCUCGUGAUCAUCUCUUCCACCCAAGUACAGUACACAUACCGAGUAGGCAGACGAGAACGAAGAUGAAGCAUCAGAACUUCUUGGCGCUGCUGCACCAUCAUAAACCCUGACAUUCCCACGGUUGAAGUAGAUUCCCACAGAGCAGGGAGCUCUUUCCAAAACCCUGGAGUUCAGAGCCCUCAUGGUGUUAUCUUCCGAUUCAAUACUUCCAUCGAGGGCCCACGUGAUGUGAAAUGGGGUCAGCAGAAGAAUGGUGGAUUUAUCGAGAGCAAGAGUGCAUAUGUCGUCGUGCAUGAACUUUGGUUGGGAGAUCGAGGUGAACGUGUUGACGGACGUGAGGCCAUACGUCCUCCUCUCGUACUGAUUGAAAGCGAGUAUGACCUCAAUCGAGCAGUUGUCGGAAACUGCCUUCUGCUUCUGGUGAGAUAUAAGCAUAGGCGUGGCUCGACCCACGAGCUCGACCAAGUGAAGAGCAUAGACUCCUAUGGGGUUCUCUUCAGUUGGACAUAUAAUAUCCAGCAAGUUGAUCAUAUAUCCAACGUGAUGAGGCUUGUGAAUGCAGGUACUUCACAAUGAUUGGGAUAAUGGCGGAGUUUAGAAUGAUAUAGCCGAGACACAAGGAGAAUAAUGAUUCAUUUAUGGCCUGGGUAUCCCUCUGGACAGCAAACACGCUGAGCUCGUAGAUGCCUUUGGAGCACAUGAUGAGAGCAAGAACAGCAGAGUCAGCCCGAGGCAUCCAAGGCAGAGACAGCAACAAGCAGGAGAGAAACUUGACGAAGAGCGAAGCCAGUAUCGCCCUCGCGUAGUAUCCUCUGUUGCUGAACCCCAUUGUCACCAUAGUAUAGAGAUCUCCCCUCAUUGCACAUGUGGCUACAAACACCGGGAACAUGAUGGAGUUGGUUACCACCUCGAGGGUCUCGAUCACCGCGGAGCCCAAUGGGGGACCCGACGGAACAGCCAACCCAAGGAUGAAAGGCCCCAAUGCUUGAGACUGCCUCAGAGCAUCAAACGCAAUCUGGUACAGAAAUGCAACCGCCACCAUGAUUGGAACACACGAGGAAUGAAGCUUCUUCCCCUGAGGAGUCUGCUUAAUCACCCACAGCAUUGCCGGGCGCAGGACCAAUGCCGCGAACAGACCCAACAGAACUGUCAAUGCCACCUUCAUCGGCCCGUGCUUCUCGGUGGCGAGGAUCGUGCUGAGCUCGAGACAAGCUGCCAGCAGACCGGAGAUGAGCGACGAGGACAGAGCCAGCCUGCCCAGCUCGGAAUUGGUGAGCUUGAGCUCGAUCAGGAGGUGGGAAACCACGGGAAAUGUUGUCGUGGCUUGGAGCGCGGUGAAGCCGAUGAUCUCCAUCUUCUCCAUUAGUCCCUGGACCACGAGCAAUCGGCCUGUCUGGAAGGCUAGGCCGAUGAUGCAAGGGACCAGCACGGAUGCUAUGCCGAUGAUCAUGGUCUUUCUCCCGGAGCGAAUCAGCAUUCCCACGUCGGUCUUGACCCCGAUCAUGAACAUGAAGAACGAGUAUCCUGUCAUCGCGAGCGCCCCCAGCGAGUUCUGACUCGGGUGAGGGAAAAAUACUUUCUUGUAGUAAUCCCAUUUCCCCAGAAGCGUCGGCCCUAAAAUCACCCCUGCCUGCUCCCCACAAAGCAAAAAACUACGGUCAGCAGGUGAAUCGCAGGCGAUGCCAUUCGUCUCAGUUGCACAAUAUCACGAAAGAGUUACAAGUCUGUUCAUGUACAAACGUACCAGGCACUGUGUGGCGAAGGGGAUUAUGCCUAGAUUGCGAAAGAGGAAAUGCAGGGCGUUGCAGAGGCAGAGGAUGAGCAGGACCUGGACGUUGAGGAGAGUGACCGAGGCCGAGAGAAGAUUUUCGAGAGGGGAAGGCCCCUGGUUGAUGAAAACUCCGCCGGAGCGAACCCUGGGAGGGAAGGCGUAGCAGACCUCUUCCACCACCCACGUCGUGUUGCUUCGAACCAACGACGACAUUGUUGUUGUUUAUGAAAAAGCUGCUGCCUUUAGCUAAUAAUUGGAAGAGGCAGGGGAUUUUUUUUUUGAUUGAAUUUGAGACCCACGAAGAAGAAUGCGGAUUGAAGGAUAUAGAUGAUUAUAUCCUUUCACCGCAUUGUCUUCAUGGUGUUUGGUGUGCGGUUGUGGAUAUGAACUUUGCGGUGGUUUUCCAGAACGGAGAGAAACAAUUUCUGCUUCGGGGUGGGAGUUUGAUUUGAUAGAAUUUGGUGUAUUUGCUGAGAUGCCAAGCUGAGUUUCUUUUCAUCUGUUCGUCGAAAAACAACUUACACCUGAUCUAUUGAUGUUGGGAUGCAGGUUUCAGUUGCUAACGGAAGUACAGAAAGAGCAAGAAGCAGUUUCCUGUUACAGU